AACUUUGGAAGUCUGAUAAGGUUGAAGGAUGCAAGUCUCGAAACGAUUAACAAAAGAAAAGAAAAAUCUACCCGGAAACCUGGACGAUUCUGGGCCCAGUUGGAAAAUCCCCAACCAAAUCCAACCUGUCAAAGUUGAGAUGUUGGGUUUACAAAGGGCUGAGUCAACCCUACACACAUUACACACAGAGAGAGCUGGAGAGACGGGGGGCCAAAGAUGCUGGGUCUUCCCUGUUUUGGAAACAUGUAAAUAUGUAACCCUCCCUCCUUAAGCAACUGAGUUCCUGAAGAUAACGAUUGAAGGCUUGAAGCCAGAUCAUUUUAGUCAAUCGACAAUCUUUCAAUGUUCUCCUGAAAACUGGAGUAACAUAAUCCAGAUUUACAUGAACCCCAAAACGGGUUUAUUGUCGGAUUGAAGAAAAAGUCUUCCAGAUAAUGAUUACGCGUAUAACCAAAAUCCUCGCCCACUGUCAUCAAGUUGUUCCCACAGACGAGAAAGAGAGAGAGAGCGCAGGAGGAAGCUGAGGCCCUUAUCCUCUUCCACUAGUCUGACCUGGUUAAUGUGGUUGAUAUAUGUUGAUCAUAUUCGUGUCAUCCUUUUUCUGCAGUUCAAUCCUUUGAGCACGUUUCUCUCUAUCUUCUUCUUCUUAUCUAUUCUGGGCACAGAAGUAUAUUAAACGGAAUCUGUGGUGAGCAGAAAUUUCCUAACAGAGAAAAGCUAGCACCAACACCACCAGCAAAACUUGGAACUCACAUCACUUGCUGCGUACGUAUGAGUAAUUUUCCCUGGAAAUUUCUAAAUUCCAGCCAAGCUCUCAGAAUGGAGAAAGUGUGCUGGCCUUAUUUUGAUCCUGAAUUUGAGAACCUUACGGAGAGGAUACAUGGCCCCAGUUGCCAGGUUUGCAUCGAUAAUGAAAGCUGUGAAGAUUGCACUGUUGUCAAGGUAGACAGCGUGAACAAACAGGGCCUCCUCUUGCAAGUGGUGCAAGCAUUGACAGACAUGAAUCUACACAUCUCCAAAAGCUACAUUUCCUCAGAUGCUGGAUGGUUCAUGGAUGUGUUUCACGUCACAGAUGAGCACGGGAGCAAACUCACGGAUCAAAAUGUCAUAGACCACAUCCAACAGGCCAUAGGUUCAAUGAAGGAUUCCGCUGGCUCCAGCCGGAGCCAGGUGCAGAAUGGUGCAGAAGCAGCAGAAGCCACAGCAGCAGGGAGCGACACAUCCACUGAGCACACGGCCAUAGAGUUGACAGGGACCGAUCGGCCUGGUCUCUUCUCUGAGAUAUCUGCAGCCCUGACCGACCUGGGGUGCAAUGUCGUGGAGGCCCAUGCCUGGAGUCACAACGAGCGCCUGGCCUGUGUGGCUUUAAUCUCCGACGAGUCCACCGAUAGCCGGAUUGACGACCCUGGCCGGCUGGCUACCAUUGAAGAUCAUCUCUCCACCGUCCUCGCUGCCACCACCAACAGCUCCGGGGCUAAUGAAGAACAAGGAGUGAAGACAGCGGGUCUUCCCGGAGGAGGAGAUGGUGCAACCCCAACAACAACCAAUGUGGAGCGUCGGUUGCACCAGCUCAUGUUAGCCGGCCGGGACUUUGAUGGGCCACCGGGGAAUUCGAGCUUGUCAUCGUCCCCCUAUUCCACCGAAGGUGAGGAAGAAGGGAAGAAGACCGUCGUGACGAUAGAGAGAUGUGAUGAGAAGGGGUAUUCGGUUGUGACAGUGGAGACUAGGGACCGACCGAAACUCAUGUUCGAUACGGUAUGCACGCUUACUGACAUGCAGUACGUGAUUUUCCAUGCUUCCAUAUCUUCUCAUGGAGAUUCUGCAUUUCAGGAAUACUAUAUCCGGCACGUUGAUGGGUACGCCCUGAACACAGAGAGCGAGAAGAAACGAGUCAUAAAAUGCUUAGAAGCAGCCAUAGAGCGUAGGGUCUGUGAGGGAGUCCGGCUGGAGUUAUGCGCAAACAACAGAGUUGGGUUGCUCUCUGACAUAACGCGGGUGCUGCGCGAGUACGGGCUUGCUGUUGUUCGAGCAGACGUAGAGACGCAGGGAGAGAAGGCCGUGAAUGCGUUCUAUGUGCGAGAUAUCUACGGCAAUGAGGUGGACAUGGAGCUUGUUGAGUCGUUGAAAAGAGAGAUGGAAUCACUAGCUUUGGAAGUGAAGAAUGAAACUCACAGGCCAGGCUCACCUGAGAGACCCCAAAAUCGUCUAUCUUUUGGAGACAUGCUUAAAUCCCAGCUUGAACGGUUCUCUCAAAAUUUUAUUCCCAUUAAGUGAAAUUAAGCUGUACAUCGACCAGAUUGCUUGCUGUAUAUAUGUAGUUGAUUAGUACCCAAUAACUUCAUCAUCAUCUAUUAAGUAAUUGUGUACAUAAAUAAAUCAGCAGUGUCUUGGCAUUUAUGGUGGUAUCUGUGUAUAUUGUUAUGUGAGAAGCAUGUCUGGUUGGAGAACCGUGAAACCCAUUUGUGUCCA